UUGUCGGCCGACGGCCGCUCGCUCGUUGCUCGUGUGUUUCGCUGCGUUUCGGUAUUUGCCGCCUUGAGUCGUGUCGUCGUCGCUUCGAAAAAACUGUCUCGAAAAUAUAUUCAUGCGAUAAUUGAACCGGGGAAUCGAAAUAACUAACUUUUGUUGAAACAAACUAUUGCUAUUAUGACAUUUUUAGGCAUUUUCCAAGCCCGACUUAAUUGAGGGCCGUUUCGUUUCUGUGUUUGCCCGCCGGUUCUCUUUUUUUUUGUUUAUGUUUUUCAAUUUUUUUUUGUGUGCAAAAAAAAAACCGAAUUUUAGAAUUUUCGAAGCGCGGAGUGGAGUGUAAUGUGCGAAAUUUUUGAAUCAAUUGAUAACUGGUUUAAAUAUGAUUCAAUUUAAUUUAAUUUGAUUCGAUAUACCCACGAAUUCUUUCCCACUAUUGUUGUUGUUGUUGCGAGAAUAAACAAUAAUAAUAAUAGCAAAUAAAACGAAACCAUUUGCAUACAAAUCUGCUGUUUUUUGGCGACUGUCUUCGAAAUAAGCUGAGGAAAAUCAACAGAAUAGCACAGAAGAUACCAAAAACCAAUCACAAACACGAGGGAUAUAUCAACAGCAGAUCGCUCAAAAAAACAACUCUCCGAAUUAAUUCGAGCCGACCAAAAGACGCAAUGCCCCCGAAUAUUAACGAAAAUCCAACGAAAUUUUGCUAGAUAAGAAUUCUAAAUCAAGAAUUCUUAAAAAUUCAACGAAAAAACUGUUAAACAAAAAGCGAAAGCCCCAAUUCCAUUUAAAAAAGAAAACAAAACGAAAAAUAAAUCGACACUAUGGCCAUGUUAGAGGCUCGGCCUUACAGGCCCUUCAAGUCCAGCGAGGAGUAUCUGGAGGCCAUGAAGGAGGAUCUCGCCGAGUGGCUCAGCACCCUCUACCCGGAGCUGAGCAUCAAUGCGGAUAACUUUAUGGAUCGCUUGGACACGGGCGUGGCCCUAUGCAAGCACGCCAACUAUGUGCGCCAGGCGGCGGAGGAUUAUCUAGCACGGCGUCAGGCACGCAACAAAUCAAUGACCCGCUCGAUGACCUCGGGCUUAGCCGGGCCGAUCCUUGCCCUGGGCAACGUCCAUUACCUUCCGGCCGCCAAGAGUGGCACCUUUUUUGCCCGCGACAAUGUGUCCAACUUCAUAACCUGGUGCAGAAAAAGCCUAAAGAUCAUCGAGUGUCUAUUGUUCGAAACGGAUGAUCUGAUUAUGCGAAAAAACGAAAAGCACGUGAUCCUCUGCCUUUUGGAGGUGGCCCGACGUGGCGCCAAAUUUGGAAUGCUGGCACCCAUGCUCGUGCAAAUGGAGCGACAAAUCGAUCGAGAGAUCGCCGCCGACAUCAAGGCCAAUGGGGCCAAUUCCUCAGAGAACGGAACUCAAACGGAAGCCAUAAACUCUGGAAAUAGCAUGGCCACAACGACGACGACAACGACAAUAACCACCACCACAACGGUGGGCUCCGAGACUGAUCUUUACGAUGACAGUGAUGACUCGGAGAAUGAGGAUGAUGGCGACGAGAAUCCCAUGCUGAUGUAUGGCCCCCAGCCUCAGAUAAUUACCAAUGAUCUGAAGAGUCUCGAUGAGAUGGUCCGGGAUCUGGUGGAGAAGUGCACAUGCCCCUCACAGUUUCCCAUGGUCCGGGUAUCGGAGGGCAAAUAUCGCAUUGGCGACACCAAAGUUCUUAUCUUUGUGCGGAUCCUGCGCUCCCACGUCAUGGUGCGCGUCGGUGGGGGAUGGGACACACUGUCCCAUUAUCUGGACAAGCAUGAUCCCUGCCGCUGCCGGGCCCAGCAUCGCAGCUCUGUGGCUGCCCGUUUGGUGCCGCGCCAGUCUCCGAAUCAUAAUCCCAGCAAUGGGAUCGAGCUACACAAGGCGCAGGUGAUAUUCGAGAGGUCACCGCCAACAGCUCGACGCGUUUUCAACACUGUAAAUGCAGGAAAUAACGGAGGCACAGGAUCGGGACCAACCUCAACCGCAACUGGAAGUGGAACUGGUGUUGUGCCGCCUCCACCGCCGCCACAAAAUGGACACAGUUUGUCGCCCAAUUCUGGCAAAUAUCGCAGCCGCAGUCCAACGCCCCAGCGCAAGUUUCUCAACCAGACGCAGGCGCCAAAUGGUGGCGGAGGAGGAGGAUCAGGUACAGCUGUAACCUCAGAUCAGCUCCUGGGUGGUUCCCCCAGCCUGGCCCGACGCUCCAUGUCGCCGAGUCCCCGCCGGCUGAUUGACAUGCGCAAGAAGCAGAGCUCUCUGGACUCGUACAGCAGUGGCCCCAAAUCCCUGCCAGUGGGCUACAGUUGCUCCCUGGAGGAGGCCACCGGGCCAAAUGGAGGUUCGGCAGCGGUUUCCAGCUUAGGAGGAUCAGGAGGAGGUGGUGAGCAAAACAAAUUCGAGAAUAUCAGCGACAAUGGGAGCGAGAUCAGCGAUGAGGGCUACCGCAGUCUGGGUGUCAUCCAGUCGGGUGCCCAGAAACGCGAAUCCCUGCACAGUCAGGCCUCCAUCGAGGACGCUGAGACCAAUGCGCGUCUGGAUCAAACCUCUAGUGACUCGCAGAUUUCGCCCUCGGAGGAGCCCGCGGAGAAGGCAUCGGUGGAUUUGCUGCAGGAGGAGGAGCACCAGGAGCUACUCAAUGAUCAGGAGGAGGAUUACUCCGUGUGCGAUGGCCCCCAAUCCCUGCCAGCCAUCCUCAGCAGCCACAAAAUGAGCAACAACAAUAACAAAUUUGAACAAUCCGGAGUCUUUAUCACCGACGAUGAGAUCACUGUGGACAUGGCCAAGACCAACCAGGAGGAGCAUGAUCAUGAGCAGCAUCCUCCCCCAGCUGCUGCCGCUCUCAGCAAAAUACCCCGCUCACCGCUGGCCCAACGUCGCCGUCGAAGCAUUGACAACAGCACAUGUGGCGGGGCCGGUGGCAGCCUCCAGGAUCUAAGCAGUCGCUCCUCGGGCUUGCCUGCCCUAACUCUGGCGCCAGCCUUUGGACGGAAACAGCCGGUGUAUCGAUCGAUGCGCACGCGAAGCUCUCAACCGGCGGCGGCGCCGACGGCGCCUCCUCGCACCCGCCAAACCACCACCCAGCUGCCCAUGGUAAAAGAUGCCACCAAUACGUGGAGUGGACGUGGAGCUGCCGCAGGAGCGCCAAAAAGGCGACCCACUUGCACGCCGGACACCUUUGUGGCCCCCAACGGGGGAACCUUUGAGCGGAAUGGCAAGGGACGCUCCUCACAGAUCCUGUACGACAGCAAUGGCAGGCGCGUGAGGAGCGGAGCUGGAUGCAGCAGUUCCCUGACCACAUCCCCGGUUAAGAAUCAUGCCUCAUCGCCACUGGCCCAGCAGCUUCUAGAGGCGGCCAGCAGUGCCAAGAAUGAUGCACAGAUUCUGGAGAAAAUGAAGUCGUUGCUGUCGCGCUAUGCGGCUGGGAAUCAAGCCAAGCAGGGAUCCGUGGCUGGUAAGGUCAAUGGCAAGAAGACGCCCGUUUACGAGGACUUUACCACGGCCUGGGUGCACAGCAGCGGGAAUCUAGAGCGUUCGGAGAGCUGCUCGCCGCCAGCCAAGGCUCGAUCCAAGCGGAGUUCUGCCGCCAGCUCUUGUGAGAGCAAUCAUUCGGGAGGAGGAGCAGGAGCUGGAGCUGGAUCGGCAGCUGGAGCCUCCAGUGUGGUAUCCCCCAGGCGGGAGAGGGGCAUGUCCAAGAUCCCAGCGCCAGUGCGCCAGCAUACAGAGCUUUACUAGCAGCGCCGAAGGACGCCAAGCGUCCCGGUUAAUCACGUCCGUUUCCAAGCCAAGCGGAGGGUUUUCUGAAAAGCCUCUGUAACGAAGAGGAGAUGGAGGCGGAAAAGGAAAAGGAGGAGUGAGAAGGUAAAUGAGAAAUGGGAAAUGGGUUAAGGGGGAUAGUAAUAGGUCAAGUCAGGAUUAAGGAGCCAAGCUAGGAAUUGUCUGGGCGUGCGUGUGUGUGUGUGAAGAGAGCGAUUAAGGAGAAGGACAAGAAAGAGAUUAGACUAGAAUCCAGGGGAAGAGCCUUAGCCAGAAAUCGGAAUCAGGAUCGAAGAAACCUUGAGUGAAGCAAGCUAAAAAAAAUAGCUGAAACUGCCUCAAAAGACAGACAAAAAUGAAGAUAGGAAACGGUAUUGAUAUCGGUAUAGGUAUGGGUAUCGUUAUCGUUAUCGAUGUCGUUUUAAGGAUCCCUUGCAGCCAGAGAUCCUUUUUUUAACCCAGUAUAUACACACCUCUAACCUAUAAACUUUAUUUCCCAUAUCUGGGGUGGCCACAGAAAUUCCCUUGAUGACAGAAUAAUUUAUCGAAAAUAUCGGCAAAGUAUCGCUAUAGCUUGACGAUAUUUUCAGCAGUUUUCAGUUGAAAAUAACAGCUAACUAUAGCAAAACAUUGUCUAUAUUUUCAGUAAUUUAUUUGUCAAGUUAAAAUCCAUAACUUUGGUGUUUUCUGUGGCAAAAACCUUGUUUUAUAUAUCAAGCACCCCCUGUAAUCGUCUCUAUUUAUAACCCUUUCCCCCCUAUAACUCUCUCUCUCUUUCUAUAUAUAUAUAUUUCCAAAAAGAAACUAUAAUCAACCUGUAAACAUUUAUUUUGCAUUUUAAACACAAACAUAUAUUCUGCGCUGAUAAAUGCUAACGCUGAGGGCAAUCGUAUGAAUGAGAAUAUUACCGAUAUAUACAAUCCAAAUUUUGAGACUCGAGUAUAAAAAUUUUAAUCAAAUUUUUUUAUUAUUUGUUUUUAGGCCUUAGAAAACAGGAAUUUUAAAAACUAAAAAAGAAAAGAAAUAUAAAAAAAAAAGACAAGUAUCAGGGGUGCCCCAUUAAGUCGCUGGGAGGGUUAUGGAAAAUUCACUUUUUUCAAAUCUCCCAGCUGCUUUUCUGAUAUAGAAAAUAGUUUUCUAGAAAUUUUUAAAGCUAAAGCCAACCACAUAUAUCUCAAUUCUUCAGAUUCGGAUACGGAUAUUUAUUUUUGUACGUUUAAAGCAAAGGAAAAGGUGAUGAAAAAUGAGAGAAAGUAAGAAAAUGGGAAAUGAAAAAGGAUUCGCUUAGGGUUUAUAGCUAGGAAAUGCAGCACCACGCUCCUCACAGCCACAAAAAUCAAAGGAAAACUACAUCACACACACACACAUCACUGGGGGGGGGAGGUAAGAUGCAGUGCGACACACUUUAAGGACAUUUAGUUCGAAUUUGUUAUAAUUAUUAAAUCAAAAGGGGAGAAAAACUCGCACUGUAUUUGCAAAGCAACAACCACACUUGAGAUAAAAAACACACAAAACAAAAAGAAACGUUCACAAAACUUUAAAAAACUUAAAAAAAAAACAUAAAAAACCUUUAAGUAACUUGAGAAACUUAUAGCUUUUGAUGGGAAGAGUAAAUAGAAUAAUUUUCUGAAGGCAAGUAAGAAUUAUUAUUAUUAGUAUCCUUUUUUUUGCAGUGUUGACAUAUAUAGUACAUAUACAGAGUACCUAUAUAUGUAUGUACAUAUAUUAUACAUGAUAUAUAUAUAUAUAUUAUAGAUUGUAAAUUGUGUUUUUUUCUUCACCUUUGUAUAGGCCUUAAUGUUCAGAGUUUUAGUCUCUUUUUGUUUAAUUUUUCAGUUUAUUUUGUAUUAUUAUUUUUGUUUACUUGAUUUGUCAGUUAUUUUUGUUCAGUAUAAACCAAAUGGAUACCAAUUUAUAAUAUUAAAUCAAAUAAAUAACAAUUAAAUUGUUUGAAUACACACAGCACCGACACACACACACAGACACACUACACAAGAGGGCGUUGAAAAUAUUUCUAGAUUAAGCAAUUAAACAAUUGGUUUGGCAAAAGAUUUCGAUCGAUAAGCAAAUAUAAUAUAUAUAUCUUUGAACAUAUAAAGUGUAUUUUAAAUACAAGCAAGAGAAAGUAUAAUUAUCAAUUAAUUUCGAAAGCAAACUAACUAUUACAAAUGGAAUAUAGAGAUAGAGAUUAGCAGCAUAAUAAUUAAUUCAAUGAUUUUAAUCACGAAGAAUUUAAGUAAUAAAAGCCUAUACAUAUAUACAACAA